AUGUGGGGCCGACAGCGCCCUGCGGCCGCCCCGUCGGGGCAGUGGGCGUCGCUGCUGCAGCUGCUGCUGGCGGCGGCGCUGGCGGCGGGCGCGCGCGCGGGCGGUGAGUACUGCCACGGCUGGCUGGACGCGCAGGGCGUCUGGCGCCUCGGCUUCCAGUGCCCCGAGCGCUUCGACGGCGGCGACGCCACCAUCUGCUGCGGCAGCUGCGCCUUGCGGUACUGCUGUUCCAGCGCCGAGGCGCGCCUGGACCAGGGCGGCUGUGACAACGACCGCCAGCAGGGCGCGGGCGAGCCGGGCCGCGCCGACAAGGACGUCCCGGAUGGCUCAGCAGUCCCCAUCUACGUGCCCUUCCUCAUCGUGGGCUCCGUCUUUGUCGCCUUUAUCAUCUUGGGGUCCCUGGUAGCAGCCUGUUGCUGCAGAUGUCUCCGGCCCAAGCAAGAACCCCAACAGAGCCGAGCCCCCGGGGGCAACCGGCUAAUGGAAACCAUCCCCAUGAUCCCCAGUGCGAGCACCUCCCGGGGUUCAUCCUCUCGCCAGUCAAGCACAGCUGCCAGUUCCAGUUCCAGUGCCAACUCAGGGGCCCGGGCACCCCCAACCAGGUCACAAACCAACUGCUGCUUACCGGAGGGGACCAUGAACAACGUGUAUGUCAACAUGCCCACGAAUUUCUCCGUGCUGAACUGUCAGCAGGCCACGCAGAUUGUGCCGCACCAAGGGCAGUACCUGCACCCCCCUUACGUGGGGUACACCGUGCAACAUGAUGCUGUGCCCAUGACGCCCGUGCCACCCUUCCUGGAUGGCCUGCAGCCGGGCUUCAGGCAGGUGCAGCCUCCCUUUCCCCAUGCCAACAGUGAGCAGAAGAUGUACCCUGCGGUGACCGUAUAGCCCGGUCUGCCACCUCACAUGGAUUCAUUGCUUUAGAAGACCAAGGGAAACUGGAAGAGAUUCUUGAGGUGGAAUUCUGCGCAUGUUGGUGAUUUUUUUUAAUGGCAUUCUUCUUUCGGAUGGCUUCAUUUGCCCCUAACUUAUAUAAAAGCAUCUCUGAAUUAGCCUUGCCAGGCUUGUGGUGUCCUGGUGUGUCCCUGAUUCAUGAUGCCACUGUUAGU